ACGACCAUCCGUUUCUUCAGAUGCGAAUGUAGUAGUAAAGCUCGGCAAGUUUUUAAUAGUAUAAUCAUGGCAGUUGUCCAGUGUAUCCCAUUCUUUCUAUUUGUCAUCUGCGAAUGUCUGUCUGCUCUCUUGGUUGCCCAUGAUUACUGUGUGCUUGGAGCUGGCCCUGGAGGACUUCAAAUUGCCAAAUUCCUGGAAGGUUCUAGAAGGGACUACUUGGUCUUGGAACGUAGUUGGAUCCCAGGUAGCUUCUUUUCUCGUUUCCCACGGCAUCGUAAGCUGAUCAGCAUCAACAAGCAAUUCACAGGACGCAAGAACAGUGAGUUCAACUUUCGUCAUGACUGGAACUCUCUGCUGAGCGGAGAAAGACACUUACGAUUUCAUCAUUAUUCACAUGACUUUUUUCCCCAUGCUGAUGAUAUGAUCAAGUACCUGCAGGAUUUCAGUGCUGGUAUUCGUAUUCACUAUGGAGCAGAUAUUAACCACGUUAGAGUUGAGCCCAAUGCUAAGGCAUGGAAUGGCCACUAUUUCCUCUUGGUGGAUCAGACAGGCCUGGAAUAUCAAUGCAAUGUCUUGCUUGUUGCCACUGGAUUGUCUGUCCCCAACGUAGUGGACUUUCCUGGUUCAGAGUAUGCAGAGGGAUACGAGUCAGUACCUGUGGAUCCUCAGAAUUUCACUGGACAGAGUGUCCUUAUUCUUGGACGGGGUAACUCUGCCUUUGAGACAGCAGAUAAUAUCUUGGGACAAACUAACUUUGUACACAUGUUGGGCCGUUCCAGAGUGCGACUGUCCUGGGCUACACACUAUGUGGGUGACCUAAGGGCCGUUAACAAUGGUCUAUUGGACACUUACCAACUGAAGUCAUUGGAUGGAUUGUUGGAGGGAGAACUAUCAGAUCUGGUAUUGAUACGGGAUGGCACUGGAAAACUGUAUGUGACACACAAGCACUACCAGAAGCUACGUACAGACCAUAGCCAUGAUCAUAUCAACACACAACCUGCGUACCUUCCAGCAGACGACCUAGAUAAUUUUGCAGCACGUGAACCUUAUGACCGCGUAAUACGGUGCUUGGGGUGGAAAUUUAAUUUUUCUAUCUUUGACAGUUCAGUGGGAUUGAAGCCAGCAUCUGGACUAAAAGGAAAAUAUCCGUUGCUGAAGUCUAACUAUGAAGCAAAGCACACCCGUGGUCUGUAUGUGGUGGGUACAGCUAGUCAUGGAAUUGAUUUUCGAAAAUCUGCUGGUGGAUUCAUACAUGGCUUUCGUUAUACAGCUCGAUCUGUCCACCAGUUAACUGAAUACGGUUACCACGGUAUACCCUGGAGAGCGUCUUGUUACCCUAUCUCUCAACUCCUUAAUGUUCUCCUUAGACGUAUGAAUGAAGCAUCAGGUCUGUACCAGAUGUUCGAAGUCCUGGCCGAUGUAAUUCUUCUUGGAAAAGAUGCCAAAGACUUCAAAUAUUUGGAGGAGGUGCCAGUUGGAAUCCUGCCAGAUUUAAAGAAGAGCACUGGUCACAAGGUACAGGAAACAGGACUGUUUAUUCUUGUGAUGGAAUAUGGGAAGAACUUUUCUGGGCCAGAUAAAGAUGUCUUCUAUUACAACCGUGCCAUUGGAGAAGCAAAAGAAGCAUGGCGUUCCAACUUUCUGCAUCCUGUGCUCUAUUAUUACAGUAUGCUGCCAACAGAGAACCAGAUGAAAUUGCGUCCUGACAACUGGCCACUCCCACGACCGGAUCGUAUGCACCAUGUAGUGGAGGAUUUCCAUACAGACUGGACCAGAUUAAACUCUCACAUUCUACCGCUCCGUCGCUUCAUUGAAAACUGUCUACACAGUGAUCUUAGGACCUUUUAUGCUGAAUCCUGCUUCCUCUUUGCAAUGACAUACCAGGAGCUGCCUAUCUUCUGCCAGCAAGGGUAUUUACAGAAUCAAGGCCUUGUUGGAACAUCAUACCUAAGACAAUUUUAUAAUCAUGCUGUCAACAUGGAAUAUUACCAAGAGCAAAAUCAAAGGACAAAGCAUGAACGUUUACAAACCAGGCGCAAUGGAAAAGAUGAACUGUAAUAUAAUCAUUUAAGCUGUCACUGAUGUGUACAUUAUCAUCUAUAUACCAUACUGACUCACGUGGUCACUGUGGUUAUUCAGCUUCUCAGACUCCACAAUGUUGGAUGUAAUACUCCUUUUCCAUAGCCCAAUAAAUAUUUUAAGAAAAGUAA